AUGGGCGAGAGCAGCGAGGUGGCGGCGUGCCUGGGGCAGCUCGAGAAGGUUCUCGAGUACCUGGCCGAGCCGGCCGACGCAGAAGCCGGCGCAAAGGUCAUGGCCUUUCUCGCUGCGCAUGGGCAGGCGGGCAAGACCGAGCGCAAGGUCAAGGUCGAAGGCGGCGGAGCAAGCCGAGGCGGAGGCAGCAGCGAGGCGCCGUCGGCCAAGCGGGCCAAGCCGCUGGACGGGUGA